UGCCAGAGACGCCGACUAAAGUUAUGGUCCGUCCACCAAACAAAGGAGGUCGAGCCUGGUUAGUGUCUUGGGAAGACCCCUCUAAAUGCAAAGGGUACCCAGGACAUCGUUAUAUUGUGAAUGUCGUUGACCUCCAAAAUGAGGCCACGUCCCACAUUCCAGUCUCUACUCCGUCUAUAACGCUCGAUAGGCUGAAUGAGUGUUCGGAAACAUGGGUUGGAAUUUUCACGAUCAACUUUGCGGGAGACAGCCCCGUGUCCCCCUUGGUGAAGAUAAUCAAUCCUCCAG